AUGCUUCCAAAGUCCCGCCAGGCGCCAUGCGGGCCGCACUUGCACGGCAUGCACAAUCCGCCGAGCCAGGACACGCGUAGCUGCUGGGUAGCCGGUGUUGCGGUUUCCAUUAUUCUGUACCUUUUCAAUAAUUUUCAGGGCUUGACAACGCUGGCAAGCUCGGCCCUCGGGAUGGAUAACAAAAGGCUAAGUAAACAGCCAGGGUUUUGGCGAGCCUCCUAUCUACAGAGCGGUGAUGAGAGGCGACCAAUGGUAGUGGGCGUAAGUUCGCCAACCAUGUGCAACGCAUUGAAUGGAUGGUUCCGGGGGGGUUAA